UGCGGUCCGAGACCGGCGGUUGCUGAGAGGAGCGGACGCGGCUGGACCCCAGCUCCCGGCCGCUGGCCGCCGCCAUGUCGCUGCUGCAGUCUGCGCUCGACUUCCUGGCAGGCCCGGGCUCCCUAGGUGGGGCUGCCGGCCGUGACCAGACUGAUUUCGUGGGGCAGACAGUGGAGCUGGGCGAGCUGCGGCUGCGGGUGCGGCGGGUCCUGGCCGAGGGAGGGUUCGCAUUUGUAUAUGAAGCUCAAGAUCUUGAAAGUGGCAGAGAGUAUGCGUUAAAGAGAUUAUUGUCCAAUGAAGAGGAAAAGAACAGAGCCAUCAUUCAGGAAGUUUGUUUUAUGAAAAAGCUUUCUGGCCACCCCAAUAUUGUCCAGUUUUGUUCCGCAGCGUCAAUAGGAAAAGAGGAGUCGGACACUGGGCAGGCUGAGUUCCUUCUGCUCACUGAGCUCUGCAGAGGGCAGCUGGUGGAAUUUUUGAGGAAAGGUGAAUCUAAAGGUCCACUCUCGUGCGACACCGUCCUGAAGAUCUUCUAUCAGACGUGCAGGGCGGUGCAGCACAUGCACAGGCAGAAGCCGCCCAUCGUCCACAGAGAUCUCAAGGUUGAAAACUUGUUGCUUAGUAACCAGGGGACCAUUAAGCUGUGUGACUUUGGCAGCGCCACAACCAUACUGCACUACCCUGACUACAACUGGAGUGCCCAGAAGCGGGCCCUGGUGGAGGAGGAGAUCACCAGGAACACAACACCCAUGUAUAGGACGCCAGAAAUCGUGGACUUGUAUUCGAACUUCCCGAUCGGCGAGAAACAGGACAUCUGGGCCCUGGGCUGCAUCUUGUACCUGCUGUGCUUCGGGCAGCACCCUUUUGAAGAUGGGGCAAAACUUCGAAUAGUCAACGGAAAGUACUCGAUCCCUCCUAACGACAGCCGGUACUCCGUGUUUCAUGGCCUUAUCCGUGCCACGCUGAAGGUCAACCCAGAGGAGCGGCUGUCCAUCACGGAGCUGGUGAACCAGCUCCAGGAGAUCGCAGCGGCCAGGAACGUGAACCCUAAGUUGCCCAUCACCGAGCUCCUGGAGCAGAAUGGAGGCUGUGGGAGUGCUGCCCUGUCCCGAGGGCCAUCCCCUCCCGGGGGCCCCACGAGCAGCGGCUACAGUGGAGGCCUCGUGGUUGCCGAGUAUGACCAGCCCUAUGGCGGGUUCCUGGACAUCCUGCGUGGGGGCACCGAGCGCCUCUUCACAAACAUCAAGGACACCUCCUCCAAGGUGAUCCAGUCCGUCGCCAGUUACGCAAAGGGGGAUUUGGACAUAUCUUACAUCACAUCCAGAAUUGCAGUGAUGUCCUUCCCAGCGGAGGGUGUGGAGUCGGCCAUCAAAAACAACAUAGAGGACGUGCGGCUGUUUCUGGACUCCAAGCACCCGGGACAUUACACGGUCUACAACUUGUCCCCGAGGACAUACCGGCCCUCCAAGUUUCAUAGCCGGGUCUCCGAGUGCGGCUGGGCAGCCAGGCGGGCCCCAAGCCUUCACAGCCUGUACAGCAUUUGUAGGAACAUGUACUCCUGGCUCCGGCAAGACCACAAGAACGUCUGCGUUGUGCACUGCAUGGACGGGAGAGCCGCGUCUGCUGUGGCCGUCUGCUCCUUCCUGUGCUUCUGCCGGCUCUUCAGCACCGCUGAGGCCGCCGUGUACAUGUUCAGUAUGAAGCGCUGCCCACCGGGCAUCUGGCCGUCCCAUAAAAGGUACAUCGAGUACAUGUGUGACAUGGUGGCGGAGGAGCCCAUCACUCCCCACAGCAAGCCCAUCCUGGUGAAGGCUGUCAUCAUGACGCCAGUGCCGCUGUUCAGCAAGCAGAGGAACGGCUGCAGGCCCUUCUGCGAGGUGUAUGUGGGGGACGAGCGUGUGACCACCACGUCCCAGGAGUACGACAAGAUGAGGGAUUUUAAAAUCGAGGAUGGCAGAGCAGUCAUUCCCCUGGGCAUAACAGUCCAAGGAGACGUGCUCAUUAUAAUCUAUCACGCAAGGUCCACCCUGGGAGGAAGGCUGCAGGCCAAGAUGGCGUCCAUGAAGAUGUUCCAGAUCCAGUUCCACACUGGAUUUGUGCCUCGGAACGCAACUAGUGUGAAAUUUGCAAAGUAUGACCUGGACGCGUGUGACAUUCAGGAGAAGUACCCGGAUUUAUUCCAAGUGAACCUGGAAGUGGAGGUGGAGCCCAGAGACAGGCCCAGCCGGGAGGCCCCGCCCUGGGAGAGCGCAAGCCUGAGGGGGCUGAACCCCAAAAUCCUGUUUUCCAGCCGGGAAGAGCAGCAAGACAUUCUGUCUAAAUUUGGGAAACCGGAGCUGCCCAGGCAGCCUGGCUCCACUGCUCAGUACGACGCCAAGGCGGGGUCUCCAGACACUGAGCCCACGGAGUCUGACUCGCCGCAGAGCAACAGUGCCGACACCGCCCACUUCCUCCACACACUGGAGUGGCACGAAGAAGAAGACUCAGAGACAGGCACAGACAAUAACUUUAUCAAGGAGAGUCCGUCUACCCUGGCCGAGGACGGAGGUGAGAGUGAGCCGUCUGAUGAGGAGGCAGCAACCUUCUCAGCCGAGAGCAGGGACACGGCCGAGGAGGGCACACCAGGCCCGCCAGUGAGGGCACAAGAGCCAGAGUUGAUUGUUGAUUCGGACACACCCCAGGAGCCCGCGCUGCAGGAGGAUGGCGUCGACCUCCUGGGGCUGCACUCUGAGGUGGGGCUGGCACUCCCCGCGCAGGCCUGCAGGGCCCCACCCAGCAACGCCGACCUGCUCAGCUGUCUCCUGGGGUCCCCCGCGGCUGCUCCAGGGGGCUCCCCAGGCGACCUGCUCGGCGGCGAAGCCCCCCCGCUCUUUGCAAGCCCUGCGCCUCCCCUCAGUGCACGGAGCACACCUCGCGAGGGGCCCGCCGUGGCCGCUGACCCCUUUGACCCUCUCCUGCCAACUGAUCCAGACGCCUUGCCCAGCUCCAAGCCCGACCUCUUCAGCGAAUUUCUUAAUUCGGACUCUCUGGCUGCCCCGCCCGUGUCUUUCCCCUCCACCCACAGCGCCCCGCCCCCAGCCUGCAGCGCCGACUUCCUGCACCUGGGGGAUCUCCCAGCAGACCCCAGCAAGAUGGCAGCCUCGACCAGCCACCCGGAUCUACUGGGAGGAUGGGAUGCUUGGGCCGAGGCUCCAGCCCCUGCGCCAGCUACAGAAGGCCCCUUCCCUCCUGGAGGCCAGCCAGCCCCUUCUGGCCCCCCAGCCAGCCGGACCAAGUCUCAGAGCCUGGACCCAUUUGCAGACCUCGGCGACCUCAGUUCUGGCCUCCAAGGCUCACCCGCUGGCUUUGCUCCUGGAGGCUUCGGUCCCAAAGCAGCACCCCCUCCCAAGGGUGGCGCUGCUUGGCAGGCGAGUCGGCCCCCAGCCCAGGGUGCCCCGUGGCCCCCGCAGGCCAAGCCACCCCCCAAAGCCUGUGCACAGCCAAGGCCUAACUACACCGCGAGCUUCAGCGCGAUUGGUGGCCGAGAGGAGAGGGGGGUCCGUGCCCCCAGCUUUGCCCAGAAGCCCCGAGUGUCAGAGAGCGACUUUGAAGACCUGCUGUCCAGUCAGGGCUUCUCCUCCAAGUCUGACAAGAAGGGGCCGAGGACCAUCGCCGAGAUGAGGCGACAGGACCAGGCGAGGGACACGGACCCGCUCAAGCUGAAGCUCCUGGACUGGACCGAGGGCAAGGAGAAGAACAUCCGAGCCCUGCUGUCCACGCUGCACACCGCUCUGUGGGAUGGCGAGAGCCGCUGGACGCCCGUGGGCAUGGCCGACCUGGUGACUCCCGGGCAGGUGAAGAAGCAGUACCGCCGUGCCGUGCUGGUGGUCCACCCGGACAAGGCUGCAGGGCAGCCCUACGAGCAGUACGCCAGGAUGAUCUUCAUGGAGCUGAACGACGCCUGGGCCGAGUUCGAGAGCCAGGGCUCCCGGCCCUUCUUCUAAGCCUGCAGUGGGCGUGGCUGCACGUGCGGCUUGUGAGCCGGAAGCUGCUGGGCUCCACCGAGAGGGUCGCCGUCGUGGCCGUGGCAGUGUGGGCUGACGCAGCUGCACCCAGAUCGACGUGCCCACCGCCCUCGGUGGACCCAACACCGUCCUUGGCACGAGGAGAGAAAGCAUUCCAGAGCCUGGGUUUUUCUUCCUUUUUCUGUCUGAAAGGAAAAGUGUUGAUUUACACUCCUGCCACAGUUGUCACGGUCUGAGAUCAUUCUGUUCAGUGACCGUCACCCUGCGAGCAUGUCUGCUCGCAGUAGACCACACUGCUCAGCUGUCUGUGCUCUCUCGAAUCCCGUUCACGAGCUAGUUUAUGUCUCCCGUGUGUAACCGGCUGGCGACCCCUGCACAUCAUUAAACAGUUUUCUGACGGCCCAUCUUGGCCCUGCGUUACCGCAGUGCAGGGACCUAGUCUCGGGGAGCUGCAGAGUCGGACUCCUUGACCCUGCUGGCCUGACCUCUGUGACCUCCAGGGCAGCCUCGGCCGGGGCCCUGGGCUGAGUGGUCUGAGGACAGAACGGACACGCCACAGCUCUGGGUCUGGGGGUCAGCCCUCACCAUGGGCGCUGGGCCCGCCCCAUGGUCACUGCACGAGGCCAAGGCACAUGGCCAUGGUGUGGAUGCCCAGACACUGGCCCGUGUGGGACUCUAUGCCCCCUCUGUCCCACUGGGUCCCUCCUCCUUGGAGUAGGGCAGACGCAGGGCCGUUGUUUUCUAUAGUUCAGGGAAUUCGAAACAAAAAACAAUUUUCUUUGAUUAAAGGCCUGUUGGAGAAGCGCCAACUGCUCAGUCUCGUGUGGGCAGAGGCGUGGCUUCUGAGGCUGCACAUGUGCGGUCACCGUGGUCUGCUGGCUUAAGGGACACUGCACGUCAGGACAGAUGAGAGCAAUUACGUGGCUCGAGGUUGUGGUCAGAAGUGACUUGCUCAGCUCCCAGUGGUCCUGUCCACUGGCCCAUCCUGCUCCUGGCCACUCGGCACUGCACUUGCCCGAGCCCUGGAGACGUGGCUUGUCCAGGAGCUUCGGGAGGCCGGUGGGGCAACGUGACCUCGACCCUCAUCCAGGAGGUGGCAGCAGUGUGUCCGGGCCCUGCCCAGGCCACCCCUCGGUCUGGUCGGCACUGCAGGUUUCUCAGCCCGUGUGCGGUCUCUCCUUUACCAGAGUGUGAGUGACUGAGUCCACUGUGAUGCCGAGAGGAGUUCAGCGAGUUUCUGGGAUGAGUUAUGGGGGGUGAGGGACGGGGGGACAGCUUCUGUCCCGCCACUCGUGUCUCCGGGGGAAUGUGCGGGUUGUCGACUUUGGCCCUGGGAGUGUGUAGACGCCCAGAACCCAGGCAGAUGUCCUCAAAUAAAGGCCUGGCCUCAGGAGCGUCUGAGCGUGGUUAGUUGUGAACACUGACCGGAAGCUCAGACCCUGCCCUCCGCUGCCGGUGACCACAUUGGUCCAAGACCCAGACCUGUGAGUGCCACGGCUGGACCCUCUGGGUGCCAGCGGAGCAUGGGGCCUGCAGCACCAGAGACUUCAGAGGAAGAGGCUCUGGCUUUUUGCCCCGACGCCCCGGGCCUGCAACCUGUGUCGCCACAGGCAUCUUGUGCCAGCGGACCUCACCCGGGGCCAUGACCCCGCACUGUCAGCUGGCUCCACGGCCACAACACCGUGCCCUCUGACCCUUGGGCUCGGCUGCCCUUCCCUUCUGGCCCCCCCCCCAUUGGUCCUAGGUCUGAAGAGGAGAGGGAGCAUCUUUGCUGAGGUCCCCCAUCCACCC